AUGGGUGCCAAUCAGUUCGUUUUAAAUUCAAUAGCCAAUUGCCGGUUGCCAUUCAAAAUGAAACCUCCUCUGAAGUUCCCAUCCAGGCAGAUUUUAAAGGCCUUAGCUACUCGAGUAACUCCAAACAUGACUCGGACAAUUCAAGAAUUAAAAGACCAGGGUAUUCUGGAGAGACCACCAACUCUAGACCCUGGAUUCUUUUCAAAGACUGAUGGGGGACUACGUCCCAUUUUCGACCUCAGAGCCUUAAAUACUCACAUAGUGACAAAGCAUUUUCAUUUGAUAUCUCAGACGAUUCCUCCGUGUCAUUUACGAUGGCGAGAUCCUCCAGUUGACAGCCUUGCCGUUUGGCCUGUCUUCAGCCCCCCGUACCUUUGCAGCGGUGUCGAACUGGGUUGCGGAAACCCUGCGAAACCGAGGUAUUCGUUUGCUGGUGUAUCUGGACGAUUACCUGUUAGUAUGCCAGGACAGAUCCAAGUUGAUUGCUCAGGUUGCGGAAACGCUGGCAACCUUGGAGUCUCUGGGUUGGCAUGUAAAUUACCAAAAGUCGGUGAUAGAGCCCACACAAGAGCUGCAAUAUUUAGGCCUGGUUUGGAAUACCCAAAACUUAACGUUAGCUCUGCCAACCCAGAAGGUCCUCAGAAUAAAGAGGACUCUGUCAAAGUUGUUAGAGAGGAACAACUGCUCUCUAAGGGAACUUCAAAGUUACACGAUCUAACCCUUCUGGAAGUUUCUAAGGAUAAAUUUAUUGAAACAGAAAAUAACAUAACAUUUUGGCCAAGGUUUGGUUCUAAGACUGACUCAGGAACCUACAGACAAUCUGGUUGGUUCCUUACAAAGCACCAAGACCAUCGCAUAUGUCCUGUAACUCAUGUGAAAGACUUAGUGAAGGCCUCGGAGGUCAGACGCAGGAUGGGAAAGAACUUACAAUGUCUUUUCAUCACAGUGACGGGACAGGUGAAGCCAGCAUCCAGAACUGUUAUUUCUGGGUGGCUGCGUUCAGUGUUUAAGCAGGCCAAGAUAGAUGAGUCGCCAGGAAGCAUCAGGUCUGCUGUAGCAUCUCGGGGAUGGCUAGAUAAUAGACCAAUACAGGAGAUUCUGGAGCGAGGAAAUUGGCAUUCUGGACCACAAUGU